CAAGGAUCAAGAGAAUCCCAUGACUGAGUAGACUUGUUAUUGUUUUAAAUAACGUGCCCUACUAGCUGGUCUGAUCGGAAGCUAUAUCAAUUUCGAAGUUGCUUGCUGAUACAGCACAAAACUCCAUAUGAUUCUGUUAACUUGUUACAUAUCGUGUUAAUCAGGCUCGGACCUCUCACCCAGUGUACUACAAGAUGGCUUCAGACUCGAAAGAAGAAGCAUCAGUCCCAAUGCCCCUAUCUCAACUCCCAACCUGUGCUUUGGAGAUGGGGAAGAAUCUGUAUCCUGAUGUGUUACACUUCAAAACCGCAGACCAUUUGUUGAAGUUUCGGAGAGCUGCAGACUACAUUUCCGCUGCAAUGAUUUUUCUUCGGGAUAAUGCCCUUCUCGAGCGCGACCUCGCUCACGACGAUAUCAAACACACGAUCGGCUACUGGGGCAUCUCCCCUGGAAUCACUCUGAUAUUUGCCCACUUAAACCUCAUCAUUCAGAAGUACGACCAGCAACUGAUUUUGCUCGUCGACCCUAAUUACGCUGUUCCUGCAAUACUCGCUUGCCUAUGGCUGGAACGGUCUCUGGAGCGCUUUUAUCCGUGCUAUAGCAGAGACAAGAAAGGCCUGAAAAACCUAGUGACCAGUUUCAGCGUUCCUGGAGGUUUCCCAAGCUAUAUCAAUGCUGGAGUCCCAGGCUGUAUCCAUGAAGGUGGCGAGAUGGGUCACGCUCUGGGAACGGCGUUCGGAUGUGUCAUGGACAACCCGGAUCUGAUCAGCGUGGUAGUGGUAGGUGACGAUGAAGCCGAAAGCGGACCUACAGCGACCGCAUGGCAUAUGUGUCGUUAUAUUGAUCCAAAGAAGUCAGGUGCAGUCUUGCCUAUCUUGUAUCUGAAAAGUUCCAAGACAGGUGGAAGGACAAUUUUUGGAUCUAUGGACAACUCCGAGCUCUGCUGCCUCUUUGCGGGUUACGGUUAUGAGCCGUGCAUUGUGGAUGAUAUCAAUGACAUUGACCGUGAGCUGCAUACAGCUUUGUCAUGGGCUAUAGAGUCAAUCCAAAACAUCCAGGUUGAUGCCCAGGCCGGCCCGUCGAACGACAAACCCCGCUGGCCGAUGAUUAUCCUGAGGAUCCCAGAUGGUUGGGGAUACCCACACUUAGCUCCUGGUGAGCACUUUGCAGGUUCGUUCCAUGGCCACGAGGUCCUCUUGCCUCGUGCCAAGAUUCAUCAAGGGGAGCUGCAACACCUCCAGGAGUGGCUGAAAUCCUACGAGCCAGAGGGGGUUCUCCCGGCCGGGUCAAUCUGUCAAGAAAUCGAAAAUAUUCUACCACCGAAUGAGAAGCUACGAUUGGGGCAAAACCGCUUUACAUGGGAUGUCCAUCAUCGCCUGGACGUGCCUGAAUGGAGACAUUUUGCUGCCGCAAAAGGUAACCAUCAUAGCUAUCUCAAAGCCGCAGCCGUUUAUCUCGACGAAACCCUCUCUCGAAACAGGACCUCCUUGCGCAUCUUUUCUCCGGAUAAUGUUGUAAGCCAGAGACUCGACAGAAUAUCAAACCGGACGUUUCACAGUUUCCAAUGUGACGGUGGAAGAAUCGACAAGAGCGGACAGGUGAUAGAGUUCGCGUCCGAACACACCUGCCAAGCUCUGAUACAAGGCUACACUAUGACAGGACGAACUGGGAUCAUGGCAGCCGACGAGAGCCGUUUCCCAAUUAUCGCUACCAUGAUGACUCAAUAUAGUAAGUUUCUGAGAAUGUCCAGGAACAUUCCCUGGCGCAGAGAUGUCAGCAGCUUAAACUAUAUUACUACGAGUACUUGGACUCGGCCGGAGCCAAAUGGCCUGUCACACCAGAAUCCAAGCUUCAUCGGUUCGGUACUGAACCUGAGACCGACUAUUGGAAGGGUAUAUCUCCCGCCUGACGCCAACGUCUUCCUCUCCACUCUUGCUCAUUGUCUGAGAUCACGGAACUACGUCAAUCUUAUUGUGGCUUCGGAACACGCAGGCCCUGUUUGGCUGAGUGCAGAGGAAGCAGAAAUUCAUAGCAGGGCUGGAGGAGGGGUCUUCAAAUUUGCCAGCACCGAUGAUGGCAUUGAUCCAGAUGUGGUGCUCGUUGGGAUAGGAGCAGAUACAACUUUUGAAGUUGUUGCAGCUGCGGCGUACCUCCGAAGAGUGGCACCGUCUCUCUCUCUCCGCGUGGUCAACGUUACCGAUCUGAUGAUCUUAGGCCGCGAAGGUUCUCACCCACAUGCUUUGAGCGACCGCGACUUCGACACACUUUUCACCCCUCACAGAGACAUCCACUUCACCUAUCACGGCUAUGCCAAUGAACUCCAGGGACUGCUUUUUGGAAGGCCAAAACUGGACCGGGUAUCCAUCGCGUCCUUCCAGAACGAGUUCGGGGCGACCACUCCAUUUCACACUCUCCUCCGAAACAAGUGCAGCCGUUAUCAUAUUGCCGAGGCCGCCCUUCGUGGCGCUGCGAAAUGCAAUCCCCACAUUGCAGUAGACUUACAAAAGCUCGUCGCACAUGUUCAGCAUGAAAGAGCAAAGGUUGACCAGUUCAUUAUCAAACAUGGCACCGAGCCCGGCGGAAUGUACGACACACCCAAGUUCGCCAAACCUCAUAGUCGUCAUCCACCGGAUGGAGGACAGACAUGGGAGGCGCAUGAUCGCACAUACCACCUGCCUGAGGAAGAUUUCAGCCCAUUUGAAGAUUUAUCUGGAGCAGUCUAGCAGGGCAGGUCGGUUGGCGUGAGGAGGUGGUGUUUGAAUGGGUUGGAAUACUCGCGUAUGACAUUAUUGUACCUGUACUUUCGAUAUAGCGGCGCUCUCUGAAUUAUUACCUGAGGAAGGCGGAAAUUGGUACUUGUGUGGAGGGUGUUGGCUUGUCAAGGUUCCGGGAAACUUUCUACGUUACAUGAUAUUUAUCAGCGAAGAACUCCAAGGCUGUACAAAUGUACCACUUUAGGAGUGAAUACAUUCACUGAUACUAAGUGUGUUGAUAAAAGGUCAAGAUCGUGAAAUAGCUAGUCCAGAUUGAAGUAUAUGCAACCGUUUACA